GUACCGAACACCAAAGCAUACGUCAUAUGAGGACCUGGAGCGAAAGUAUUGGAAGAACAUUACCUAUGUGUCCCCAAUUUAUGGAGCUGAUGUGUCUGGUAGCAUAACUGAUCCAGAUGUAAAGGAGUGGAACAUCAACAACCUGGGAACAAUAUUGGAUUAUGUCAAUGAAGAUUAUGGCAUCAGCAUAGAAGGAGUCAACACUGCAUAUCUGUAUUUUGGGAUGUGGAAAACCACUUUUGCUUGGCACACUGAAGACAUGGACUUGUACAGCAUAAACUACUUACACUUUGGAGCCCCCAAGACUUGGUAUGCCAUACCUCCAGAACAUGGAAGAAGAUUGGAAAGGCUGGCCAAUGGCUUCUUCCCUAACUCAUUCAAGGCGUGCCCGGCCUAUCUGCGGCACAAAAUGUCCCUGAUGUCUCCACAGAUAUUGAAGCAGUAUUCAAUACCAUUUAACAAGAUCACGCAGGAUGAGGGAGAAAUCAUGAUCACCUUCCCAUAUGGUUAUCAUGCAGGAUUUAACCAUGGCUUCAAUUGUGCCGAGUCCACCAAUUUUGCAAUGCCUCGUUGGGUGGAAUAUGGUAAACGUGCCACUCAGUGUCAGUGCAGAGGGGACAUGGUUAAGAUAUCCAUGGACACAUUCGUAAAGCGUUUCCAGCCUGAGCGUUAUGAGCUUUGGUUGGCAGGCAAGGACAUUGGGCCUCACCCAGAGGACCCAACCCGCUCCACUGCCGCUGCGCAACCUUCCAUUAAUGAUGUUCUGUGCAACAAGAAGCAUGGUUGCAGGUGUGGGAGUCGCAGUCGAGGCAGCCAUGGAGGGAAGAAAGGCACAGAAGUUGUGUCCAUCUCCUGCCCGUCAGGUGAUCCUUCCCAUAGUUGUCGGGAGACAAGAUGGCUUAAGGAACUGGAGGCUGUGGCUUGGGGUUUGGAUGAGGUAGCCACCCUCCAUCUAUGCCUUCCUCCUGCAAUCUCCUUGAGGCCAGUCUCCCCUACCCCAAUUGUUCCCCCUGUCCCAGCCUACCUUCCCUUCACUGUACACCAGGAGGAUGAUCCCAAGCCUGACAAAGGGGAUCACCAGUACCCCACAUUCUUCCCUGUACCAGCAUCUGAUUCUAACUCUGAGCCUCGUAUUGGUUAUCAUUGUUCCAUGUGUAACAAAGCAAUAGACAGAGAUGUGUUCAGGAAUCAUAUGAAAGAUCAUGCAAGGAAUAAAGUACCUACAAAGCAUUACUGUUAUAUCUGUGACAAGUAUUACUCAUCAUGUAUUAAUCUGACUAAACACCUGAAAAAGCUACAUCCAGGCGAGCCUAUUCCCAAACCUCUUGAGCUUAUUGAGCAAAGUGAUCAACCACAACCAUCCCCAUCUAGUGAUUAUGGCACCCUUAGCCCUGGUUCCCUCUCAGGCCCUACAUCCCCAUCAUCACCACAAACUGUUUUCAUAUCGUCUAGAGAAUUAGAGUCUGCAAAUAAUUCUAGUUCAUCUUUGAAUUUCCUCUUAUACAAGGAAGAUCCUUCUUUUGGUGGGAAUAAUUUAGCUGUUUUACGGAGUUCCUUGAAUGAUGAGAAAGAAACAUCACAUUUAAAGUUGUUCUCACAUUUUGAGAACAUUGAUCCUGAGAUGUUUGCCUUAGCAGAGUCUUGUAUCAAACCAUCACUCACAAGUUCAACAAUUAUGGCUUCUUGUGAUCCUGAAUUAGGUGCAUGUGUAUCCAUUACAGACACUAGUUUAUGUGAAGAUGACAGUCAUGAGCCAGAACAAGAUGUGGAGAUGACCCCUCCAUAUAGUAAGACAAUAGAACUUCCUCUCACAACAAAUGAUCAGUCAUUUUUUGAUCUUUAUGAAUGUCAUCAGUCUCUGGACUUUAACUGUCCUGGAGGUAAUCACUUAGAUUCACCAGCAACUGCUAUGGAGGAUAUUGAAGGUGACAUAAUUGAACGAUAUGAUGAAGCCGCUUAUUUUGAAAAAAGAGAGGUAAAUAAUAAAGGCAUAGAAUCAGAUGAUUUAGAAACUUUCCAGAAUGAAAAGUCGGAGUAUGAUAUUGUGCAUGAUAUAUUUAUUGAUACUGAAGAGAGUACUGAUGCUUGUAGCAAAAAAACAGAAGAGGUUGAGGAGGUGCCUGUAGCUCCUUCCCUGCUGGAGAUCUACACUGAUCUCUUGCAUGAAGUGGAUGAAUGGGAUUAUGGUGUUGAAGGUGCAACAGCAUGCAUACAAGUGCCUUUUGAAGAUGAGGCUGUUGCUCUCUCAGCACAAGAUCAACCCAUAUACACCACUCUCAUGACUCCCCCAAGAGUCACAGGUGCUUGGAAUAACCAUUACGAUCAUGAGUGUGACGGGCAACUUUGUUCACUUUGUGGAAUGUUUUGGAAGCACUUAAAGUCAAAUGAUAAUGAAACAGACACAGAAUCUGUUGAUAUGGACUUAGCCUCAUUGUGCACUUCAACCACAGUCACUGUUGCUGAGAAUGAUACACUACAUGUGUAUUCAGAUAGUGAGGUGGAAGAAGAGUGUGAUCUAUCUCUUGGGGAACAAACUAAUGGCUCAUCUGUUGUUUCUGACAGAGUUAUUUGCAAUGGCUCACGUUGUAUUCCAGAUAGUUGUCUGUGGAACCCAAAGAGGCAAAAAUGUGAGAAUGAGCCCCCACAGAUAAGUACUCUUCAGAAGAAAGGUAAUGCUAAUGCUUACAAACAAAAAGGCUUUUUGGAACCUUCCAAAAAUGUUCCAGAGAAUAGUGAUCUGUGCAUUAUAAACACCAAGCCUCUGUUUGGUUACAGUAAAAAUGCAUUUUAUCCACAGUUUACAAACUGUUGGCCUAUGAUGAUGCCAGCUGUUUCUCAGUACAUGUAUGCAAUGGUAGGCUCUGAUUGGUACUUUCAUCUAGAUCGAACAGCAGUUCCUCCAUUGCUGCCACCAGGAGUAUUCCCUCACUGUAUGGCUAUUGACUGGCAGUAAAUUCAGAUUCGCAUCAGAACAGUUAACAUUAAUGUGUGAUGUAACACAUGAAAUACUUUUAUAGGUUAAAAUACAGGAGACUUCUCUAGGUUAAUUUACUAGUCAGGUUACUUUGUAACUCUAGAACGUAUCAAACUGUGUAGCUAUAUACAGCUGAAAGUAUAAAGAAAUCUUAGUAUUGAAGAUCUCUCUUUUUCACUGUCAUCUUUACACUUUCACCCUCAUUUCUUUAAUUUAAUUUAUUUUAUUAUGUAUAUAUUUUUUCUUUUUUUCUAACUUAAAAGACACUGCAUUCUGUUCUUUGCCUUUCAAUCAUGAGAGAAUGUGAAAACAAAGGCCAUUAGUUCAGUUCAUUUAAUACUUUGCCUUUAUUUCACAUGCACACAGACUGUGGUUGGUGGUACUUCCCUGGUUUCCUCACUCAUGCUUCUUCCUUCCCCCUCCCUACCCCUUCCCCAGCCCUAUCCAUAUCCCCAUCACCCCCUUCCCUUUUCCCAGCCCCAUCCAUAUCCCCAUCACCCCCUUCCCUUUCCCCUCUUCCUUCCCCUGUCACCCUGAUAUCCCUCUCUCUCUCUCUCCUCCCCAAGAGAUCCCUUGCAUCUUGUCCCUCAUUGACCUCAAUGCCUUGGCUCCCCAGAUGCAAGCUCCCUCCAUGGCUGCUCUCACUACCUCUUUGGGAUAUGAUUGUGGUUGUGUUUUCCUACUUUUAAGUGGAUCUAGCUUCUAAAGGUGCAGUUGAAAUUUUUGUAUUUUGACUGUUGAGUGAUUUGUGUGGAAUGUCCUCGUACCAACUAAGAGGUAGUUGUUAAAAAAAAAAAGGGACCAUCCAAAAGUCAUUGAAUGAAUUUCAGUUUUAAUGUAUAAUGUUUCCCCAUUCAUUUCACAUUUACUACUAGAGUUGGAAUUUGAACUCGGUGAAAAAUGUAUGUAGCUUUUUUGUUAUGUAAAAUGUUUAUAUUUGCUUCUUAAUUUAAUAUAGCUAUGAACAAUGUUCAGUGCCCAUUGUAGUGAUUCAGCUUCUAAAUUAAGGAAUGUUUAAUGUUUAAUGGCAGAUAACUAUAGUUUUUUAUUUUGCAUUGUUACUGUACACGUUAGAACAAAAAAGAAAUAAAUCUAGCUGUUCAGAUAGCAUUUAUGAUGAUAAUGCAAAGCUUAAAAUUGGUUUGUUUUUUGCAUUAUUUACAAGAAACAUGAAAUCAUGUCACAUCAUUGUUUCGUGGCUCUUAUGAUAUUUCUUUCCUUAUGUAAGUUUGACUAGUUAGUAACUUUUGUUAUUGUCAUCUUUGUUGUUGACAUUUCUAAUUCUGUGAUAUUAAGAUUUUUUAAAGCUUAAUUAUUACUAAAGAUUAUGGGACUUUAGUAUUGGCAGUGCUGAUGUUUUUUUUUAUAUAUGCUGUAACUGAUACCUCCUAAAUUAUCAUAUGUUUUAUGGGUUGGGUAUUCUCUGUCUUUAGAGGUCUGGACAUAUCUGACAAGGCCAUAGUUCCCUGCAUAUUUUUUUUUUUUAGUUUUUAUUCUUAUCAGUUACUUAUUUUGAUAAAUGAAUACCUUGCUAGUUUCUGCAUUGUAAACAAAAAAGAUAUGUAUAUAUUUCAUGUUCUCUUGUGUUCAUGGCUAACACAAUUUUAUCAUAGACUGGACACAGUGGUUAUUAAAGUGGACACUAAAUUUACUGAAACCAUUUUUUUACUGUACAGGGUCAGAGGCUUAACCAAAAUUUCAUUAUUAUUGUUUGCUUUUCAGUGCUUUUUGCUACUUUUAUUUAUUAGUGGCCCAGUUUAUGGUAUCAGUUUUUGUCCAGUCAUGCUAUGUAAAAGAGGGUAUCCAACCAGAAGGGAUAUAUGGCAAAUAUUUCAUAGUGUAGGUGUACGACUUCAUUCAGUAUUCUUAUAUAUGUAUAUUUAUUUCCUCCAUCUUGUUUUUGAAGUACAAAGUGGAGUAAGUAUGUCUGCUACAGUGUGAAUAGUAUGCUUGCUUCCUCCACAUGGGAUAAGACUUGAGCCGAGUAACCCAAAUUUGUUUAUGUAAUCAUACCUAGUGAAUACAGAAGAUUUACGUAAUUAUGCAAGUCUUGUGAAGUACAUAAGAGGUUAACCUGUUAAUUAGCCAAGAAGGUAAUAUAAUUUCCCCAUAAACCAAGUGAGGCUUUAAGUUCCAUUUCAGAUUUGCAUUGGAUAUAUUUCCACAUUAAUAAAAGUUCUAGUAGCAA